AUGAAUCUCGGAGUGGUAAUUGUCCUAGCUGUUUGCGUUGGGAUACAAACAGUUUCCAGUGCAUUCACCUGCACCAAUAAAGUUGAUGGAAUGUAUUCGAAUGUUGAUGAUCCACAUACAUUUUGGUAUUGUUCGAAUGGUAAUUCAGCAUUACUAACAUGCCCACAUAAUCUAGUAUGGUCGCAAGAACAACUACAAUGCGAUUGGCAAAGUGAUACGACCAGUUCAAGCACCACCACACCUCUUACAACUACAAUCACUCCUGCGCCUUUAACUACAACCACUCCUUCUCCUUUAAUUACACCCGUUUCUGCUUGCCCAUCCAAUGGUCGACUACUACAAUUUGAUGACAUUUCAGCGACUUCAGCAUGGGCUCGGCUGCCAAAUGGUUAUGGUGGCUUUCAAUGGACAAAUAGUUGUUACACAAAUGGUCCCAAUGCAGAGACAGGUUCUGGGUUUCGCAGUGCUGUUACAAGUGGUAAAUAUGCGGCAUUUAAUGCGGAUGGUGCACGUAUGAUUAUGAUCAUUAACGCAGCAAAAAGUUUUAAUCUAUAUUCUUUUAUGGCAACAUCUGUGUGGAAUAAUGAUUUAACAUUACAAAUAAAAGGUAAACGUUCUGGUAUUACUAAGUAUACAGAACAUGUCAUAUUGCAAGUUGCUUCACCAGCGAAACGGAUUGUUCUCAAUUGGACUGAUGUAGAAAUUGUUGAGUUUAUUACUUUUGGUGGAACACCACAACCUGGACUCAAAGGUAGUGGGACACAUUUUGCAUUCGAUGAUAUGUGUAUCAGUUUUAACAAGUAG